AUGCAAGCGGGACCGAAUAUCAUCGAUCUCCCAGACGAUCCUGUGGACGUUGUCAGCGACUACAUCAGAUGGUUGUACUACGACACGAUUCCAGAUAAGCAGUAUGAAGCAGUCGCAAAUACCCGCGAAGAGAAAGCUGAAGAAUCGGAAAAAGUCUUUGUUGUGCUUGCAGAAGCAUACGUCUUUGGAGAGAAGAUGGUUGAUAUGAAGUACAAGAACGCGGUGUUGCAGACGAUAUUCACAGCGCAAAAGGCUUUUGGAUGGCACAUGGGACCGGAGAGCCUCAAAAUUGUUUACAAAGGCACCCCUCCAAAAUCUCCGCUUCGACGUCUGAUCGCUGAAAAUUUUGCGUAUAUGGCACAUGAUGACUCGGGAAAAGGUGUUGGCUGGAUGCAAUACCUCGAAGAUUGCCCUAGGGAAGCUUUGGUGGACGUGGCGAAAAUCACGGUAAAGGUACGUCCGUCACGUCCUGACUACAGUCCUGGCGUCGGGUCGUAUUUUGAGGAAGAGCAGUUCUAG